AUGGUUGAGUGUGAAUAUCUGAAAUUAUUUAUCGUUGAAUGUAAAAAUGAUUAUCGAUUCAAUUGUCGAAAAUCUCUAAUGUUUUGUAAUAAAACGAUGGCUUCAUUUUUCUAUAUGCUAACAUGUCAAGUUGAAUAUGAUGAUCGUGUAUUUUUUACUUCUAUUGAACUUUUGAAUAGAUAUUUAAUUUGUUCAAUGGUAAAAUCAAGCCAUUCAAUCGGUAAAGAUCAAAAAAGCCUCAAGAAUCAAUAUGAAUCAAUAAAGGAAAAAUAUUGUCAAGAUAAAUACAUUAUUGCGACUGCUUGUUUUCAGCUUGCCACACAAAUUUGUGAUCAACCCAUUGAUACUCCUCGUUUAAUUGAAUAUUUUCAUGAACUUACACGAAUGGAUCCAAAUAUGACAAAAGUAACAACAUUAAAUCGCGAUCAAUUGAUUCAAAUUCAAAUUCAAAUAUUAACAACAAUUGAUCAUAUGUUUCCACGAUAUACUCCUCAUAUAUUUAUAUCUCAUUUUCUUCGAUUUCUUAAUAGUGAAAUAAAAAUGAUUAGUGAACGUUUACAUAAUGCAUCAAUGCUUUUACUGGUUCAUAUUUAUUUACAAUGGACAUUACUUAUUGAACUUUUAGCAAAAAAAGAAAGUGGAUUGUCGAAAGUGAAUAAAAUACAAAUGGAAAGUGUUACUCAACGAUUUCGUGAUCCGUUAUUACUUGGCUCAGCUACAAUUCUUGCAGCAUCGAAAAUGUUUUGUCAUGGAAUGAAUUCACAAAUUCAUGAUAAGAUUAUCAGUUUAUGUGUUAGUCUUCUUGGCAUUGAUCCAAUGCGUAUUUAUAUGGCUCAAUUUUUUGCCGAAGAAGUUAUACAAAAAUCAGUCAGUGUUCGGUUAUUAAUAGGAUCAAAAAACAAUGCAACUUCCAGAAUUAUAGUUGAUCGAGAACAUGAUUUUGAUGAUGAAUCCAUGAUGAUAUUUAAAUCAUCCUAG